GCAAGAUUCAAUAUUGAAUGGCAACUUCAAAUUAUUCCUCUAAAUAACAAAUUCAAACCUCAGAUGGAGUGUGUUGCAGGUAGAAGCAUUACAGGAAUAUUUAAAUUAUCCUGGGCCACUGCCAAACGACCCAAGACACACGGUUCAUGAUGGAGUACCUCAUCCGAUUUUCUCAGUCUCACGAGACUUUUCGUUUGGCUGAAAUUCAGUCACUCGCUAUAGUUGAAGGAAUAGAUUUAGAGGUGAUAUCCUACAGUAACGAGUCACCCUUCUGCAUAGUGCGAUUGCCGUCCGAGGAAGCUGCAAAAGCUCUUAUAAGACGUUCAAUCUUAGCGCAAACAAUCCACGAGCACUGGGGUACAGCUGAGACGUAUGAUGAACUACACGCCAUCAUCAAGCGCGACACACCCCAUCUAUGGCCCCAAUACAAAGAAGUCUCAUUCAAGAUUAACAUAGAUGCCUACCAAGGUUCCCGACCAGAGAAACGCAAACUAGAACUUAUCAACUCGUUUUCCUAUCUACCCUUGGACGGGCUUAUCCUACUCAAAAACCCAGAGCAAAAAUGGACCAUCUUUGAACAGUGGGAGUUCGAGGCCGUCCCCAAGAAUUUACCUGACCCCUUAAAAAUCCAUUUCGGUCGCCUUGUCGGUCAUAGCGUGCGAGACUUGAUUAAAACCUAUGACCUCAAGAAACGAGGAUAUAUCAGUACUACGUCUAUGGAUUCGGAGCUGGCUUUAAUCACUGCGAACAUCGCACUCGCCGCGCCAGGGAAGAUCUUCUACGACCCUUUUGUGGGUACUGGUAGUUUCCCUAUCGCAUGUGCCCAUUUUGGCGCUCUUGGUUGGGGAAGCGACAUCGACGGUCGUAGCGUCCGUGGCGAGGGCGGAAAGAAGAGUCUAAAAGGCAACUUCAAACAAUAUGGCCUUGAGCAAUUAUUAGGGGACGUUUUCGUCUGUGAUUUAACGAAUAGCCCCGUGCGUAAAGCUAGAAUAUUAGACGGUAUCGUCUGUGACCCACCAUAUGGCGUGAGAGAGGGGCUAAAAGUACUUGGGUGCCGGGACCCUGAGGAUAAGGAUGCCUGGCUCGUGGAAAAGGGGAAGCGAAAUUAUCGGAACGCGUCAUUCGUGCCACCGAAGAAACCGUAUAGUUUCACGGCUAUGCUUGAUGACAUAUUGAAUUUCGCCGCAGAUACGUUAGUGGACAAUGGUCGUCUAUCCUUCUGGAUGCCUACCGCGAAUGAUGAGGAGCAAGAGAUACCAGUACCUACGCACCCAUGCUUGAAUCUUGUGGUUGUCUGUACGCAAGUAUUCUAUAAGUGGUCACGAAGGCUGAUUACAUAUCGCCGUCUACCAGAUUCGGAAGUCGACCUUUCUGCCCUGGCGCAAAGGAAGCGAGAGGAGCAGAUAAAGGGACAUACGGCGGAUGACUUAAACUCAUUCCGCCGAGCGUAUUUUAAAGGUUUUAAGUCUGAGAAAACGGAAGCAACUAGCGAUAUCAAGGCGGAGUGAUCAUUUACCGCCAUAUCGUCAUUGGUCUUACGAUUUAUGAUGUAAAAGGUGGAGGGAAAUAGAUACCCAAGGUGAAAUCUAGGAAUAGCGAAUCGGUUUCUGUACGUUCAAUCUAACGAGCCGGGACGCCCGAUUAUGGCAUGGUAGUCU